AUGGCAGCCGGUGAUGUUUCACCGCCCCUCGCAACGCCAGCCGGCACCGUCGACGAUGUUUCUCCAAGCUUGCAGAGGGAAAGCUCACCGGAUCCGACACAGCCUGAAGUUAUGCUAGAGCAUCUGCAGCUGCAAGAGCAGAGGCAGUUGGCGGUCAGUGCUGUGUCUGCCAUGGAAUGUACCUGUCCCAGCUUCGUACGUGCCGUGCCUGCUUGGGCGGUGCUGAGAAGCUUUGGCCAAGUUCUCCGAGGGACCAACAUGAAUGCAAACGAGCUUUACUCUAUGAGUUUCCAGGUGGACUCCAUCGAUGAGUUCUGGUCGCAUAGCUGGCACAGCAUUGUCUUCCUGAAGGUGUGGCUGCUCCUCAUGCUGAAAAAUGGCCGGGCUGCUUGUGUGGGCGGUACAAUGAUAGCCACGCUCGUGGCAUAUCUUUCGUAUGCGGACGUUCUGCCUGGAUGGUACAAGGAGCCACGCCUCCAGGGGCCUGGCUACAGUGGAGAGUUCAGGUUCAGCCCAUGGGCGAAUCUGAGCGGAUGUGCUUCAGCCUUGCUUCUCCUGCUCUUCUGGCAGUCCUCCAGCAAGGUCUUCCUGGAUCGUACAUGCAUCCACCAAGGUGAUGGCAGGUUGAAAGCAGAGGGCAUCAUAAAUCUCGGCGCUUUGUUGAAGAAGUCUCGGACGCUGGUGGUCGUGUGGGAUCCGUCCUACCUCUCCAGGCUUUGGUGCGUUUUUGAGCUUGCAGCAUUUAUCCACGGUCAUCGCGAAGAUCCGUCAAGCUCGCUCAAGAAGCACUUGGUCAUCAAACCUUCUGUUUUGGUUCCCCUGACCUUCCUGGUCGGCGCGAAUUCCGCCCUCACAUUGCUGUUUGAAACUGCCCUGCCUGAUACAGAUGUCGUCGCCUUCAUGCGGAUUGUCCUGUUCGCAGGGUCUCAAUUUCCGCUCAUCUAUAUUAUCCAGCGGCUCUGGCGAAAAGUCAUGGAUGCCGAGAAGCAGUUUCGCAACUUCAGUAUGCAGAAGGUCAAGUGCUACUGUUGUUCUGUAAACCACCUGGACCAAGCAGGCAAACCCAUGCCUUGCGACAAGGAGAUAAUCGCAGAUUGCAUUGUCGAGUGGUACGGCUCUGUAGAAGACUUCGAGGUUGGUGUCCGCACCCAUGUGCACGAUGCCUUCAUUGAGCAGGUGAGCCGCUUUCCUCUCGGGUAUCAGUGGACGGUUGGGAUGACGACGUGUAUACUUUGGGGACAGCUGGAUGCCAUCGCAGCCCGGGCACAUGGUGGCGCCUACAGCUAUGCUGCCUCCGUAGUGGUUGUCACCAUGGCUUGGUUUCUGUGGGUCACGCCAACGCACUUCUUGAUCAUGAUCAGGAUCAUCGCCUACUUGAUGGAGACCUGUCAAUCGAAGUCACUGCUCUUCAGCUCACUGGCCACUUGCGUCGGCUACAUUGUCAUUGGGGUGUUUACAUUUCUUCCCCACGCCCUUCAAGCGCUUCUCUACCAAGCCUUUCCUGAGCCUCUGGUCGGUGCCGGUGUGUUCUGGGGCGUGACUCUGUGCACUGCAGGGGUAAGCCACUACUUCCUUGCCAGGCCCUGGAAGGGAGCCUCAGGGCCAGGGAGAACAGAACCCAAAGCUUCGAAAUGA